AUGAAGAUUUUCAGAAACUUUGGGAUUGUUGCCUCCGUAAAUGGGUUGAGCACAAAAGAAUGGCGUACAAAACGAGUCGCCAAAUCCGAAAAGAAGAGUUCAAACGUGGACACCUACCGAAUCUAUCAAGAAGAUCUGGAGCCCGAAUCAGAUGUUGACGGAGUGGCGGAUGAAGGAGUUGAACUGAUGGCUGGUGGAUGGGACGGUGCUUUCAAUUUGACGACGAGUUACCGGAUGGAUUCCGACAUUCCAAGACCCUUUGGUGAUUUUGAGAGCGAGCUCAAAUAUGCGAGGUACAAAUACAAAAACGGAAACUGGACGCAACGACAAACUCCUGAAGAACAUCUCAAGGAUGUGAUGGCGCAGAAAACGUCGGCAAAUAACGUGGCUUGGAUGGUGUCGAACUGUGAUCAAACGGGUGGCGCGGAUCAACGAUUUGAAUACGUCACAAGGAUGAUUUCCGAGGGUCUAAAAAUGGACGGCUACGGUCACUGCUUUGACAACGUCGUCGGCGACCGACCAUGGACAAUCUACCAAUCGAACGGCGUCCAAUGGGGACAAUUCGCUAAGUAUAAAUUUUAUCUAGCUUUAGAGAACUCAGUUCACUGCACGGAUUACAUGUCCGAAAAAUUUUGGAGAAACUCGCUGCGCCAGGGUCUUGUUCCCAUUGUCUCAGGAACGCAUAAAGCAGAUGUAACAAAAAUGGCUCCUCCAAACUCCUUCAUCCACGUCGAAGAUUUUGCGACACCAAAAGAACUUGUCAAUUAUCUCGAUUAUCUGGAUAAAAAUGACACCGCUUACGAAGAAUAUCACAAGUGGCGACUUCUUGAGCCUGACUUUGAGAAGCCUUUUUAUAUGCAGCCAGAAGAGACGAUGAUUUGCGGAAUUUGCAAAGAAGUAACAAAGAGGAAAAAUCUCGGUUUUCCGAAAAGAAUCAUCAAAAGUGUCGCCAACUGGUGGUGGGUUAAUCAACAUGAUGAUCAGUGCAUCGCUGGGCAAACCCUGCCAUCCUGGAUCCACGAAAUGCCAAUUGUCUCGAUGGAAAACUCUUUCGAUGAAUUAAAACAUCUACCAAUGCAGACAUUAUAA